AUGCCUCCGUGGUUGAUUCCACAAAGGCAUGCAAUCGCCAAGAAGCUAUUGCUCAAGCAAACAAUCUUCUCUCAGCUCGCUUCUAUCUGUAAACCGAGAACCAUCCUUGCCUCCAACACAUCCUCAAUUUUGCUCACCAAGAUCGCAGCCUCAGCCAUCAAUCCUAACCAAGGUCCACACCAAUUGUCCAGUCCCGAUACUUCGCCUUCUCGUGUAGUUGGCCUACACUUCUUCAAUCCAGUUGCGUUCAGUCUCAACAAUUCUUUGACCAAACGAUCCAAAAAAAAAAACCCUGAUUAUAAGUUUCAUUAUCCAGGUGCCAGUCAUCGCCCCCUGGCCAUGCCCCCCUCCGUCGCCAUCUGGUCCCUCGCCCCCUCCCCCGCACACACCCGGCUGGCCAUCGCCUGCGACAACGGCGCCAUCCGCAUCGCCGCCAUCGCUGACAACCAGCUCGAGCUCGUCCGCAAGCUCGACCGCUGCAACACCCGUCUCCUCAGCCUCGCCUGGGGCAUCUCACCCUCCAAAACUCCUCCCCCGCUCCAGGAGCCCACCGACUCGCAGCUCUUCUUUGUCGCCGGCGGCGCCGACUCCAGUCUGCGCAAGUGGGCCGCCGGCUCCGGCCGUUGUCUCAACCGGAUGACCGUCGAGAAACUCCAGGGCAAACACACACUUGUCUGGACCGUCACCGUCCUCAAGUCAACAAUCCGCGCCCAUCGCGCCGACAUCCUCUGCAUGGUGCCCUCCGCCGACGGCUGCUCGGUGUUCACCUUGCGCGUCGACCAGAAGACCUGCCAACUCACCCUCCACACCCAAUCCCACGCCGGCAACACGAGCGAGACGACGGCCGCCCAGUCGCGCUGGCUGCUGGCCGGCUCCCGUCGCCUCCACUCCCACGACGGAGUUCAUGUACCCGUUGAUGCGAAUGGAACAUCAGUAUGGCCGCCGUAUUGUGGCUCGCCAUACUCACCCAAACCGUUGGGGAUGCACUACAUAGGAACACUUGUGAUCCCGUUUGUGGGAAUCAAAAUCAAGUCUGCUGACUGGCACCAACGAGAUGCAGCCAUCAUGGCCCUCAACUCACCUCUUGACCGGUCAGCUCCUGAGACAAUGUACCCACUCGUCUCACAGGCCCUGCCAACCCUGAUUAAAAUGAUGCAGGAUCCGUCAAUCAAUUUCAAGGAUACCGCUGCCUGA